AUGAGGAGCCAAGGAAAAUAUCGGAGCAGGUGCAGAGAGAAGAAAUAUGAUUAUGCUAAUAUGCCCAAGACAUCUGUUAUCAUAGCAUUUUAUAAUGAAGCCUGGUCCACUCUCCUUCGGACAGUUUACAGUGUCCUUGAGACAUCCCCGGACAUCCUGCUAGAAGAAGUCAUCCUGGUUGAUGACUAUAGUGAUAGAGAACACUUGAAGGAGCGUUUGGCCAACGAGCUGUCAGGUCUGCCCAAGGUGCGCCUGAUCCGCGCGAACAAGAGAGAGGGCCUAGUGCGAGCCCGGCUGCUGGGGGCGUCCGCGGCAAGGGGCAACGUACUGACCUUCCUGGACUGUCACUGUGAGUGCCACGAGGGGUGGCUGGAGCCGCUGCUACAGAGGAUCCAUGAAGAGGAGUCGGCAGUGGUGUGCCCAGUGAUCGAUGUCAUCGACUGGAACACCUUUGAGUACCUGGGCAACUCCGGGGAGCCCCAGAUUGGUGGUUUUGACUGGAGGCUGGUGUUCACGUGGCACACGGUUCCUGAGCGGGAGAGGCAGCGGAUGAAAUCCCCCAUUGAUGUCAUCAGGUCUCCAACCAUGGCUGGAGGGUUGUUUGCUGUGAGUAAGAAAUAUUUUGAAUAUCUGGGAUCUUAUGAUACAGGAAUGGAAGUCUGGGGAGGAGAAAACCUCGAAUUCUCCUUUAGGAUCUGGCAGUGCGGUGGGAGUCUGGAAACACACCCGUGUUCCCACGUUGGCCAUGUUUUCCCCAAGCAAGCUCCCUACUCCCGCAACAAGGCCCUGGCCAACAGUGUCCGUGCGGCUGAAGUGUGGAUGGAUGACUAUAAAGAGCUGUACUAUCAUCGCAACCCCCGCGCCCGCUUGGAACCCUUUGGGGAUGUGACAGAGAGGAGGCAGCUCCGGGAAAAGCUCCAGUGCAAGGACUUCAAAUGGUUCUUAGAGACUGUGUUUCCAGAGCUGCAUGUGCCUGAAGACAGGCCUGGCUUCUUCGGGAUGCUCCAGAACAAAGGACUAAAAAAAUACUGCUUUGACUACAACCCUCCCGAUGAAAACCAAGUUGCAGGACGCCAGGUCAUUUUGUACCUCUGUCACGGGCUGGGACAGAACCAGUUUUUCGAAUACACGUCCCAGUACGAGAUACGCUAUAACACUCACCACCCAGAGGCCUGUGUGGCUGUGGAAGAAGAUUCGGAUAUCCUUGUCAUGCAUCUUUGCAAAGAAGUUGCCCCGGAGAAUCAGAAGUUCAUCCUGCAGGAGGAUGGUUCUUUAUUUCACAAGCAGUCCAAGAAAUGUGUCCAGGCUGCAAAGAAGGAGUCUAGCGACAAUUAUGAACCACUCUUACGAGACUGCACCAACUCAGAUUAUCAGAGAUGGUUUUUCCAGGAGCACGUGUCCUGAGUGUUGGUGUACACUGCAAGGGGCCCAUCAAAGGAGACUGUGGGCCUGGGACUUCAUGUGCCCUACAAAGACUUAGCUAAGCACAGUGAUCAUUUUGCUGUGUAUGAAAGUGUUAUUGGAUUUAGUAAAAAUAUGAAUAAGAUUUGUACUGAUUUUGAAAACUUAAAAUGUUCCAAAAAUACCCCAUUUUGUAAAGGGUAAUCCUAAAAUGUUAGUCCUUGGUAUCUGGAGAAUUAAACCCUUGUAAUAUUUUUCUA